AUGAGUACAAACCAAGGAACUGAAAGCACAGAGAAUAAUGACAUUACUGUCAGACUAGUGGACAAAGAUGAUAAGAAUAGCUGGAAAGAACUCUGGACGCUAUUCAUGGAAUUUCAGCAGACGAGUUUACCAGAGGAGCAAGAAGAACUCAAUUUUAGAAGAUUCAUCGAUCCUGAAGUUAACAUGUGGUCUGCUCUAGCAAUUGAUGAAGCCUCUGGAAGGGCCAUCGGCAUGGCUAAUUUUUUUUCUCAUAUGAGUACUUGGGAUUUGACAGAUAUCAUCUAUUUAAAUGACCUUUACGUGAGGGAAGAUGUAAGAACAAGGGGUAUUGGGAGAAAAUUGAUUGACUUUGUCUACGAGCAUGCUGAUAAAAUGGGCACACCUAAAGUCUAUUGGUGGACAGAUGAGCAUAAUCAUAGAGCACAAUUACUAUACACUAAGGUAGGGAAGAGGACACCAAAGGUCGUUUAUAAAAGAAUUGGGUAUUGA